AUGCACCCUGUUGUAGAGAGUGAUGCUGCACUUGGGGCAGAAGAACCACCUCACCCGCUCUGUGUCGAAUGCGUACAUGCCGAGAUCUUUCUCUCCUGGUGUCAGGAGGGUAAAUGUCGACGACCCGUCGUCCCCGGGGUCUGUGAGCAUGGUGCCCAUUUUGAAGCAGACGCGACAGUUGCAUCUGGUGGCGUUUGCUCCAUGGAGAGACGGAGGUGGUUUGGUGAAGUCUAG